AUGGGAGUAACACCCAAGACCCAGACCAGAGAACAGAAGCCGAGCCUCAGAUCAGUGGGAUACAUGAUCAUGGCUACUGUACGUAUGCGCAAGAUGCAAGAAGCGUGGUCGGGCAACAAGAAGCUGCACGAGACGUUGAUGAAGAAGUUGGAUGGUAUGAGACGGAAGCAAGGCAAGACUCCGCUACGAUGA